CUUCUCACCUAACUCUCAAAUUUUAACUGAAAAUUGAAGAAGAAGAAGCUAGACAGAAAAGAUGAAGCUGAUUUGGUGUCCUGAAAUAGCAGCAAAAGCUUAUAUUGACACUGUGAAAUUCUGUGGCCUUUCCAUGGAAUCCAGUGCUCCAGAGUUGAUAUCUGCAAUGGCCGGUGGAUGGAACGCGAAGCUAAUCGUCGAAGCGUGGACUAAUGGUGGCGCUGCCCCAAAAAAUAGCAUCGGUCUUGCAAUCGCCGCUCGUCACUCCGGUGGAAGGCACGUAUGCAUUGUAGCUGAUGAAAAGUCAAGACAAGAAUAUACUUGUGCCAUGCAAAACAGGCCUGCAGGCAUAGCAUUACCGGAAGUCAUGGUAGGAGAGGCCGAGGAGUUGAUGGGAAGACUAACUGGUAUUGAUUUUCUGGUUGUUGAUGGCCAUUGCAAGGAUUUUACCAGGGUCUUUAGUUUUGCCAAGUUUAGCCAUCUUGGUGCAGUUUUAGUAUGUAAAAAUGCUAGUAGAAAGACCUUUUCUUGGUUCAGAUGGAAUAAAGUUCUUGAUAGUGCAGUCAGCGUCGUGAAUUCAAGAAAUCUGCCAAUUGGGAGUGGAAUUGAUAUCGCAUAUGUUGCAGGUGAAAAACGAUGCUCAGGGAAAGUCACCAAAGGUUGGAUCACGCACAUGGAUCAGCAGUCCGGAGAGGAGCAUGUUUUCCGCAGAUAAAACAGGCGAUUUUAAUCAUCUUAGUAGUCGUAUUUAGUUGGCUUAAUUAUCCAUGUAAACUUCCUUACCGGAACGAAGGUAAUCAGGCACUUGAGAACAUGGCGGAGACUAUGAUGGUGCUUGAAACAACUUCUGAUAGUAAUAAACCCUAUGCUUUGGCGAUAUAUAUAGUAGCAAUAUCAUC